CCGUCCCUUUUACUGCCCAACAUUCAGAUGCAUACAUCAUGACAGGUCUUACGACGGUUUUGUAAAUUUCGCGUAAUAUAGAAAAAGAUGGUUUCUCCACGGAUCCCCAAAAAUAACACUUCAAAGUAGUGAUGAGAGAAAAAAAAUAACGUAUAACUUUAGAAUUUCUUACCGCGUAAGUAAUUCGAACGUAAUGGAAACGUGCAAAUAUACAGAAAUAAAGUGCAAAUAUGACAUCAAUUGGAAAUAUUUCUUUAAACAGCUUUUCGUAUGCUGUGGUGCGUGGUCCUUCUUCUUCAUUAUAGGUUUGAAUCUUGGAGCUCCUACAGUCUACAUUCCCCAGCUCAGAAAAGAGACAGCUGUCAGCGAUGAAAUGGCAUCAUGGUUAUGUUCCUCAUCAGGAUUCUCUGCGAUACCCAGUUUGUUCAUCAUAACGUUCCUUUCCAAGCAUUACGGAAGAAAGACAAUAUUUAUAAUUGGAAAUUUUAAUUUACUUAUUUCUCUAUUUAUAUUUUAUUUCAGUACAACGCCUACACAAAUAUUAAUAAGUCAUAUUACUAGUGGUUUUGGUUAUGCGGCAUGUUUUAGUAAUAAUAUAUUAAUAGUCGCUGAAUAUAUACAUCCUAAAUAUCGCGGUGUGUUCUUAGCUGUGAAAUCGACGUCCGUCGUGUCCGGAGUUUGGGCCGCGAAUGCGAUUGGAACGUUUUUAAAUUGGAGGGUAAUACCUAUUUUUGGAUUGGUUCUAUCAUUUUUUGCGUUUACCUCCUUUUUUUGGCCUGAAUCACCAUAUUGGUUGGCGAAUAAAGGUAAAUUUGAUGAAUGUAAGAAAUCCUAUAUUUGGUUGAAUGGUUCUAAUGAUGAGGUUUUUAAAGAAAUUGAUUUUUUAAUACAAUUUGAAAAGCAAAGUUUGAAUUUUAAAUUUGAUUUAAAUAUAAUUGUUAAGGAGGAGUUUUAUAAACCUAUUUUGAUAUCUUUUUUACUUAUGAUACAAUAUCAUUUUUCGGGUAAAUUCAUUUUUAGUAUCUACGCUUUAGAUAUUAUAAAGAAAAUAACGGACAGUGAAUCUACCGCGUACAUAGGCAUGUUAAUCUUAGACGGAAUAACAGUAUUUGGUAUGUAUUUCGGAUGUUUUUUGGCUAAAAUACUUAAAAGACGUACGCUGUAUUUAUGGGCUUCUGUUAUUGGAAUAUUCUUUCUAUUCUCUAUAUCGUUAUAUUUGUUUUUAUGUGAAAAAUCAUUGGUGCGCGAGAAUAAGUUUGUUUCGAUAUUAUUAUUAGCUUCAUUUUCUGUUUCAAUUAGUUGCGGUCCAAUGAUAUUAAGUACGUCUAUUUAUGGUGAAAUAUUACCUUCUCGGUUCAAAUCUUUAGGCGUUAUUUUAACCGCUUUGUUAUUUUAUCUGUUACUAUCGACUAUGUUGAAAAUAGCGCCCGUUAUUUUUAAAUAUAUCGGAUUGGAUGGUGCGUUCCUUUUUUACGGAAUUACGUCGGGUUUGUGUUGUUUAUUAUUAGUGAAAUAUUUACCGGAAACUAAAGAUAAAACUUUACAAGAAAUCGAAGAAUUAUUUAAACGGAAAGAAAGAGUAAUUGAAUUAGAAAAAUUGCAAAUAUAAAUAUGCCGGCCGUAUUUUUCCGAAUAUUCUAGCUUUUGUGACUCUGUCCAUGUGGAAAAAAAAACAAAAAAGUGGUUAUUGUACGACAACCUUAAUAGAUAGAUAUAUGCUA